AACCACGAGCUGGCCUAACGCUCUGCGUCAUUUUUGAACUCAAUUUCCAUUCGAGAGCCUCGUGCGAAUUGCCUCAAAUCAUCGAUCAUACUCUACACCAAUUAGGUACGACCGAACUCCAUCAACCGUCUACUAAUGUGUUCUGUUUUCGCAAUUUCUCUUCCACAGUUUGGAGCUUUACUACUACCUACCCUGAACGCUUAAUUCCGCGCCAGACCUAAACCUACCUGAAUCUACUAAACCAAACCCGCCCGCAUUGAAGCUUCGAAUUCCGCAACAGUUUCGGAGGAACAACCGCCAACCAUCAACGCGAAAAAUUAAAGAUCUCUAUCUGCGAGCCAGUAACUUUCUGCAAUCUAACUAUAACUACCUGCCUGCCUGCCCGCCUGCCCCCGAACAACGACUAAUUUGACGCUUCAAGCAGAGCACACCACCCUCGAGAACGCCGCCGCACAGUUGCAGUUGCAUUAUACUAGCGGACGGGCGCGUCAGUCAGCAGUCAGUGGAAGCAGCCGUGUCGAGCGAGCACCAAUCGAGUUCAAGGCUUCCCCCUCGGUGGUUCGACCAAUCAAUUGCACGUUGGCGCCGCCCAACGAGUUCGAUCGACGGAGUGUUGAGGAGGCACCAAGGGCUUAAGAGCCCCCCAUGAUUGAUAUGCAUCGCGAGUUUAAUUUAAUCUAGAGCUGUCUGUUUUCGAAAAACGAGAGCCCACACACGCGGGGUACCACCUAUUGUGUGUGCGUUGCGUAUGGUUGGGGCCGCGGCCGCGUGCGCGUUUGUGUAUGAGUGUAUGUGCAAAACUUGGGCAACAAACGCUCGGGGUCUGUUGCCAGCUCGUUGAGAGUUACGUAAAACGACCAGUGUGGCAGUGAGAAAAACAUAGAAGUUGAAAACUGCUAAUUUCCGUUAGAUAAUUUUCCGUUUUUGAAAGCAUGGGCAAAACGGCAUAUGUGUGAGACCCGGAAUGGUAUUGCAUCGACGACUACCGAGAGCUCUCAGCCUCAGCGAGAUUUGCGCUGGUUUUGUUUGGGAUUAAGUUAUGUGAUUCAAUUAGUGCACUCCUUUUGGGGGAUUUGAGUAUGAAAAAACCGAGGACCAUGUGAUUUCCAUUCCAAGUGAAGCGUCUUCGUGUGAGCAUCUAAUUAAGAGUUAAUUUCCGGUCCUUAAACGGAAAUUUCAACGCUAACAUGGCUUCUAGUGACAAACCGACGUCGACUAGCGAGUCUUCGUCGUCCGGCGGCGAUCGGAAUCAACCGGAAACGACCGCCGGAGAAGAUGUAGGCAAGGACGAGGUGGACUUUGUAAUAAAGGUGCCCACUUCGGUGGACAGUGAUGCAUGCCUAACGUGCAAUAAAAACCCAAAAACCUCCGGGGCUUUGAACAACAACUGCACCCACGGAAAAACCCUGGACAAGUUCAACAUAUUCCAUCUGAAGCGUCGACCGAAAAGUGAUCCCGGUACGGGAACCAUCGCGAAGCAUGCUCAGCAGAACCGAAGCGAAGAGCCCACCGACCCCAACGCUAAAAAGAAGAAAUCGCGUUUCGUGAAAAGUGCAUCGAUCGCGCGGAUUUUCGGCAACAACUACAAUACCAAAAAGUACGAACAGGAUAGCGGAGCAUUGCUCAAGCUGCAACAGCUCAAGCGGAGUUUCCUCAACAGCGAAAGGUUCCACAGAAAGGACCCCGCCACGGCGAACAGUGAUAGUAAUCAACCGGUGAAACAGGAGUCGCAGCAGGAUCCCGGUCCGCACAUCGGUGACGGAUGCUACGUGAACGACAGCGAAAUCAAGGCCAAAGCGAUCCGAUCGAUUACGCGCGGACUGGGACGGCUGUGGAGGCGGAACAGCCACAGCAUCGAAAUUAGCCGACCGGAUCCGGAGUACAAAGUGUCCUACUUGGGCAAUGUGCUCACCGGGUGGGCCAAAGGUAAGUGUCGUCAAAGCUUCUCGAAGGGAUUUGUGCGUUUCAUAAGCGAUUCAUUCACGAUGGGUGAAUAAGUCCGCGGUGUUGACAGCAGCACACGCGGGAGAAACUUUCCAACGCAUAUACAAUACACGUGUUUGUUAUUAUUCAUGAGAUGGUCUUCCUCAGACCACUGGCACUGCGUAUAGGGUUGGACGGGUCGGACUCUUGCUCAAUGGGUGUGUUGUAUGUUGAGUACUGGGGGUAGGUACUUCAUCGGCAACAACAUCUUCACCGUCGUCGUUUAUCCUCUUCAUCAUCAUCAUCAUCAUCGUCAUUAGAGGACGUGUCGUUUGCUCCACUUAUUAAUUGAAUGGGAGAAUGCAUUUUAUAUAUGUACAUAUGGAUUUAAAUGUGUAAUUAGGUUAAUGGAUGUACACAUUUAGACAUGCAAAUGACCUUUCUGCAUUGAAUUAUAGCCAAUCUUUCAAUUGAAAGUAUCUACCAUCAGCUCUUAUUUUGGAGAUGAUUUUCGUAGUACUUGAAGGGUUUCAUUUGCU